CCCGGAAGUCCCGGGGGAGGGGGCGUUACGUAUAUCCGGCGAGUAGCUGGCGGUUUCGGGUGCUGCUGGGCUGUGUGGUGUGAGGGAGGGUCGAAGCCGCCGCUGCUGCCGGAGGAACCCCUCGGCCGUAGGAAGCAUUAAUAAUGUCUUUCAUCUUUGAGUGGAUCUACAAUGGCUUCAGCAGUGUGCUCCAGUUCCUAGGGCUUUACAAGAAAUCUGGAAAACUUGUAUUUUUGGGUUUGGACAAUGCAGGCAAAACCACUCUUCUACACAUGCUCAAAGAUGACCGCUUGGGCCAGCAUGUUCCAACACUACAUCCGACCUCAGAAGAGUUGACAAUUGCUGGAAUGACUUUUACAACUUUUGAUCUUGGUGGGCAUGAGCAAGCACGCCGGGUUUGGAAAAAUUAUCUCCCAGCAAUUAACGGGAUUGUCUUUCUGGUGGACUGUGCAGAUCACCCUCGCCUCAUGGAAUCCAAAGUUGAGCUGAAUGCUCUAAUGACUGAUGAAACAAUAUCCAACGUGCCAAUCCUUAUCUUGGGUAACAAGAUCGACAGAACGGAUGCCAUCAGUGAAGAAAAACUGCGUGAGAUAUUUGGGCUUUAUGGACAGACCACAGGAAAGGGGAAUGUGACCCUGAAGGAGCUGAAUGCCCGCCCCAUGGAAGUGUUCAUGUGCAGCGUGCUCAAGAGGCAAGGCUACGGCGAGGGCUUCCGCUGGCUCUCCCAGUAUAUUGACUGAUGUUUGGACAGUGAAAAUAAAAGAGUUUUACUUCUCUGGACUGAUCCCAUUCCCAGCUUCCUCAUGAACUUUUCUAAUAGAACAAGGAAAGCUCUUCAACCGUGUGUGGCGUUGAGAAGCCAAGAGUCUCUGUCCGCCCUCUCAUCGCCCAGUGGUGACAUGUGCUUUCUCCACACUAUUGGGAGGUGACGCUGCCCCACAUGCCAGUGCAGGUCAGCGUCCCGGGACUCGGAAGCUGGCAGGAUCUGCUGGGUAAAGCUGUAUGCCAUCAUGGGGCACCUGAAAGAAAAACACGUUUCACCACUGUGGUUGAUUUCAAAAGAAAGUGAUUCUAUUUUUUAAAGAAAGCGUUGUUAAUGUAAUUGGUGUCCCUCUUCACUUUUUGAGUUCAGAAUUUACUUGGUCCAGAGUUUUCUAUUCUUCUUUUUUUUUUUUUUUUUUUUUUCCUCCUCGUGAUCUAGUGAAUGGCAUUUAGAGACUUCAUAAAAUUAUGCACCAAAACAUGUCGGAGGCCAGAGCUCAGUCAGGUGAACUCACUUGUGUUGAGAUAACAGGUUAGUGAGAGAAGCCCCCCGCCCCGUGUCUCUGCCUGCCUUGUUGCGGUGGGCACCACCUUCUGCGCAGAGAAGUGGGAAAGGGCGGAACUUGGGCCUGGCAGUUGCGGGAGGUGUCUGCUGUGGCCAGCCAGGGCCGUUCCUCAUCGGGGCGUGUACAGCAGGUUGCUCACUGUGGAGGGGUUAAUUAUAGAGCGGUUAUUUUCUUAUUUUACUUACAGAGUUGCAAACCGCAGCCGGUCUUUGCUUUGCUUUGCUUUUAUACUGUUGGGAAACUUCAUUUCUCUUCAUACACCUGUUUCAUGUUCAGUUAUAAGAAAUGACGUUUGCCUCCUAAAAGAGAACACCUCCCGAAUUGCCCUACACCACAGGUGUGUGUCUAUUACUUUUGCACAGAUUCUAGGGAAAAAUUUUCUGCAUCGGUGAGUCGCAGAGGACAAAGUUAGCCACUGAAGGGCUCUUAAUUCUGUGAGUUGAGAACUUAAAAAAUCUGGUAUUUGUAUCAUUUGUUUGGAUCCAGGAAAGAUUUAUUUAAUGGGCUUUAAAAUUUUCACUUGCAGGAUUUAGUCUCUUUAUUGGACUGUUUGUGAGCUCUUUUUAUCGAUUACCUGUUUUUUUGGUGUUUAAAGGUUAACAUCUGUAGCUAGAUGAUUUUUUUUUUUUUGUAUGAAAUUGCCUUUCUCCAUUCCAGAAGUAAGCUGCGGAAACUCUAAUCUUAACUUUGUGUGGUGGUGUUCUUUUUGAGCCAGCGUCACUUGUCAGGAAGACCUUAGUAUAAAAAGCCUCAGUGUCCCCAGUAGUGUGAGGAUUAUUUUUAUAGCAUUCCUUUUUCUUGGUGUCACCUAUAAAAUUGGGAUUUUCAUGAUCUUAACCAAUAUUAGACCCUUUGUUAAGAUGGGUGGAUAUCUUCAUUUUUUCCUUUAAUGAAAGAUUAGAAGUUUCCUCAGAAUUGAAAAUUGUGAUGAUGAUGCUUAUUUGCAGAGGAUUCAACUAAAUUCAGUAGAAUCUUGUGUCUAAUGUGAAGGCAGGGAAAGUGUGGAUAACAAAUUGCAGGGGGGAGAGUAUUGUUCUUUAAUGGAUUUCUCAUUGUUAGUCUUCACCACUGACUUGUUAGGAAAGCAUACUUUUCCACUGCCAGGGACCCAGUGCAGAGGCUCAAUGAAGGAUCAAUCUGGGAAGAGCAUGCCUUUCAUUUAUUUGCAAGCAUAGCUGGGUUAGGACAAAACUCGUUGGUUUGGAAAGGGGUGAAAGCCUUAAAUGAACAAAUCUAGCUAAUGGUGAAUGAACUAGGUCGUUAACAUGCAUACUUUUAAUUUCCUUUGGCUAAAGGUAACCCAUACUUCUUUAUCCAGAGACAUGAGAAGUAUGAUUGCAGUGCUAGUUUUCUUGUUUCUUGUUUCUUGUUUUUUUCCUAUUUGUCCCUAAUCACUUUGUAGCAAGCUAGAAAACUAUGGAUUCUACACAGCGCGGCUCUUUGUGAAAGUGGUGCAUUUUGGCCACUGGAGAAAGAGGAGAUUGAAAAGUCAACUGGCAUCCGUCUGUUUCUUGCUCCACAGAAAACACUGUUCCUUUAAUAAGGUUGCAAAAGAAGCUGAUGUGAGGAGCUUGUCUCCUAACAGUGAGGAUCAGAGCUUUGUACAAGAACUCCCAUGAAUUGAGACUUUUCAUUCUGUUUUAUCAGAGUGCAUAUAUGUCCUAUUUCAGGAAAAGUAAAACAGUCAUUUACAAAAGAAGGUCAAUCUGUAUCCUAAGCAUUUUAAUAAAAAGUUAAACUUA